GCGAGGGGAGGCGGUCAGUGCUUGAGUCCUGGCUCUGGGUGUGAUUGGAGGAAGGGCUCAUCAUGAGGACCUCAGGGGCUGGAUCCGGAGGUGCUCUUGGGACUAGGAAGAGCCUUCCUGAGUGGGCUGAUGGGAAGCCGGAAGUCGUUGAGCUGAGAUCCCUCUGCCUUCCAGAAGCCAGCUCUGUGCUUGCAGAUCCCAGGAUUGAGAGAGAAUGGCUCCUAGGAGCAGCAGACCCCCAGCCCAGGAGUCAGUGACAUUCAAGGAUGUGGCUGUGGACUUCACUCAGGAGGAGUGGGGGCUCUUGGACCCCCCUCAGAAGGAGCUAUACAAGGAGGUCAUGCUGGAGAAUGCCUGGAACCUGCUCUCCCUGGGGCUUCCUGUUCCCAGAGAAGAUGUGAUCUCUUAUUUUGAGCAAAGGGAAGCACCGUGGAUGCUGGAGCAAGAAGGCCUGAGGCGCCACUGUCCAGGCCUUCAAGUCAGCAAACACAGAAGGGCCUGCUACAUGCCAGGCCCUAAGCACUGGGGUCCUAAAGAGAUGCCAGGGCUGUCCCCAUCUCCCAUGGAGCUCAGAGUCUGGUGGGGCAAACAACACACCAACAACUAUGUAGGAGCCCACUAUGGACAGGACAAGUUGGAGCUGGUCAAGAGAGGGAAGGCCCUAAAGUGA